AUGCAAUGGCUGGGGCUGCUGCCGGGCCUAGUUACUGGGAUUGCUCCGAUUGGGAUCCCUCUGGGACCUUCAGGCUCCCGCCCGGGAGCGCGCGGAUCUGCGGUGCAUUUUGCGUUCCCUUUGGUGCGCUGGAUCAGGCAAUACUGUGACCUGGCCAACUAUCCGGAUGCUGUGCCGGAGGAGGAGGAAGUGGAGUAUGUCCGGGGCAUGUCUCGGGCCUUGAAGAGCAUUGAGAAUGCAAGUGGCCACUUGCAUUGGAGGUUUGUGCGAACUGGCUGGCUGCUGGGCAGCAUCUCUGCAGAGCAUUUGGGCCCAGCGCUAUUGCGCUUCGUCUCGGCAGGCGUGAUAGGGGAGGUGGCCAUCUCGAUGUGGCAAGGGCUUUGCCUCCAGGCGUUGGCGCAGACGAGGGCCUUUUACACUGUGUGGCUCAACCUUCUGCAGGCCGUCGGCUUUCAGGACCAGCCGACGGAAUACGGCAAACGGAUGUGGGAGACUGGAAGUGCCAUGAGCACGUACUGGCUGCGGAAGGAGGCCACGCAGCCGACCUAUCUGCAGGAGCAGCAGCUGGCGAUUCUUUUCAGAUCCGUGGUGGCGAUCAACUCCGGUGCGGCGGCCUCUCCAUGCACCUGCCAGCUGUUCUACUACUCCUUGCUCCGUGAGUCCGUCACCUUCUGGGGUGUUUACUUCAAGCCGCGCACCACGGAGUUGGGGAGCUCAGGUGACGACGCCUGGAACGCCCAAAUGGACACUCUCGAUGAGAAGUUGAGCCCUUGUCAACUCAUGAAGGUUUCGCCGCUGUUUUUGGUGCCGUUUCAGGAGUUGGUGAUGCCAGAGGUGGACCAAGUAAUGGGCGACUUUGCCUGCUUGCCGAAGCGCAUUGUAACGGCGAUUGUGUGCGGCCAGUACUGGAUGCACAGGGGAGAGCCCAGCACAGCGAAAGAGUGCUUCAAUGCCGCAAGCCAAAUGUUAGUGAUGAGCAUGGACUGCUUCGACAAUGCUCUGCAGAGUUUCAUCUGUGAAGAGGUCCCCAACUCGAAGUGGCUGCAGUUCCAGGAGCUGUAUGCAUACAUGUCCCAAAUCGAUGGGGCAGUCCGACCUUUCCACGUGCCACGAGAUCUUAUUCCAAAGUCUGCUGCCAUGGUGAGCCGUGAACCACAACCACGAUCUUUGAGGAUCCCGGUGGAGCACAGCGUGAUGUCACUGCCUCCCCUAUGCUUGCAUGCCAACAACAGUGAGCUUCACUUGCGUGUCCAAGGCAUCCCUGAGGAGCAAAAGCUGUUCAUUUACGACUUCGCAGGGGCCUGGUCGCUGCACCGCGUUCACCUGCUUCGAUCUCUGGACUUUGAGUCGAUGAGCUACGCCGGGCACAAGGUGGUCUUCAUCGGAGCCGACGUUCCAGCCUGGACCAACUUGGGCCACGCGCUGGACCGCUUGGUGACGAUUGUGUUCGGAACCUACAGACACGCCUACCUGAGUGGAGGCAUGGCCAAAGUGCUGCAGCUCCGUGAGUCCUUGGAGGUCCAUGUCCGUUUUUCGGAGCAGGACUCCAGAGAUCUUGGAUUCGAGGUGAAUCAUUCUGCCAGCGUGUGGCAACCGUCGGUCAUGCUGCCUUUUCUCACACUUUUCUCCUCUCGUCCAAUCCGGCUGCUGCCGCAACUGCCAGCAGAUCGGGUCAAUGCUUCCGCCCUCCAAUCGCUGACACAGGUCGGCACUCGUGGCAACAGCUGCUAUGCUGGAGGCUUCUGGUGCUCUCGAAAUGGGCCCUUGACUGCGCCAGAAUUACGACUGUUCCGAGUAGUCCUCAUUGUCCGCCGCGGAUCCCUGGCACGCAGCCGGACUAUCGUGAACCUGGACGAUGCUUCGCACUGGGCUGAGACGAGCUUCGCAAACUCUGAAGUCCGGAUCGCAGUCGCGCAGAUGGAGCAGUUCUCCAUAGGUGAAGAGAUUGCGCUCGCAGAGUUGACGGACAUCUUCAUCGGGGCCUACGGAUCUGCGAUGUGGUGGCCAGUGUUCAUGGCUGCUGGCUCCUGUGUCAUGUGGCUGUACCCACCGAAUGUGCCGUUGGGCACGGGCUUCACGCAGAAGGCCCUCACAACUCGCUUGUGGUCAAAGCGAGCCACACUGGAGUAUUUGGACCUCGUCGACCUGAGGCAUGUUUAUGUUCCUGGUGGCGUGCCGCCACCCGGGACCCCUGGAAACUUCAGCCUUCCUUUACAAGAGGAACGAUCAGACCGGCUUGCGUUUCAGAGACUGGACAUCUUCCUGGAUCUGGCUGAGUUUGGCCUCGCAUUCAAGGAAGCGGUCUCCGAGCAGACGCAACGUUUGCACGUGCUUGCAGAGGCACGCAUCUCAACAUGA